ACUGGAGUUUGGUUCUCGAGGCGGCGGCAGCAGCGGCGGCGGCUCCGGCGGCUCCUCCUCCUGCGGUGGCGGCGGCGCCCCGGGCCCGAGCCCCGGCUCCGGCUCCCCUCUCCGCCACCCCGCGCGCCCCCUCCUCCCCCGGCGCCGCGGGGAACAUGAAGCUCCGUUCCCGGAGGCCGGCGAGUGAGUGACCCCCGUCCCCCGCCUCAGCCCGCCCGCCCGCUGGCCCGGCCGCUCCCCCCCGCCUCGCCCAGGCAAUGACAGCGGCUCCGGCGUCUCCGCAGCAGAUCAGGGACCGGCUGCUGCAGGCCAUCGACCCCCAGAGCAACAUCCGGAACAUGGUGGCGGUGCUGGAAGUCAUCUCCAGCCUGGAGAAAUACCCCAUUACCAAAGAGGCGCUGGAGGAAACCAGACUCGGGAAGCUCAUCAACGACGUCCGCAAGAAGACCAAGAACGAGGAGCUCGCCAAGCGGGCCAAGAAGCUGCUGCGGAGCUGGCAGAAGCUCAUCGAGCCCGUGCACCAGAAUGAAGCGGCGCUGCGGGGGCUGGCGGGGGCCCCCGGCUCUGCCAAUGGGGGUGCCCAUAACUGCCGGCCGGAGGCGGGGGUGGCCGGCGCACCCAAAAGCAUCCACGACCUGAAGAACCGCAAUGACAUCCAGAGGCUGCCUGGGCAGCGGCUGGACAGGCUGGGCAGCCGCAAGCGCCGGGGGGAUCAGCGCGAUCUUGGCCACCCUGGGCCACCUCCCAAGGUCUCCAAAGCAAGCCAUGACUCUCUGGUCCCCAACUCAUCACCCUUCCCCACCAACGGGAUUGGCGGGAGCCCCGAGAGCUUCCCAGGCUCCCUGGACAGUAGUGGGCACGUGGGCCCCGAGGGCGGCCGCCUAGAUCAUGGUGAGAAUGACAAGCACAGCGGCAAGAUCCCUGUCAAUGCCGUGAGGCCACACACCAGCUCUCCGGGCCUGGGCAAGCCCCCUGGGCCCUGCUUGCAGAGCAAGGCUGUGGUGCUGCAGCAGCUGGACAGGGCGGACGAGACCCCGGGGCCCCCCCACCCCAAGGGGCCUCCUCGCUGCUCCUUCAGCCCCCGGAACUCACGGCACGAGGGCUCUUUUGCACGGCAGCGGAGUCCAUACACACCCAAGGGCUCUGUGCCCAGCCCCUCGCCACGGCCCCAGUCGCUCGAUGCCACGCAGGUGCCAUCACCACUGCCGCUGGCCCAGCCGUCCACCCCUCCCGUGCGGAGGCUGGAGCUGCUGCCCAGUGCUGCUAGCCCAGUGUGCUGGCUAGAGCAGCCCGAGGGCCACCAGCGGCUGGUGGGGCCAGGCUGCAAGGCGGGGCCGCCCCAGGCUGAGCCCCUCCUGCCCAGGGCUGGCUUCUCCCCGGACUCCUCCAGGGCUGACAGUGACGCAGCCUCGUCUGGUGGCUCGGACAGCAAAAAGAAGAAGAGGUACCGGCCGCGUGACUACACGGUGAACUUGGACGGCCAGGGGGCCGAGGCAGGUGUCAAGCCUGUCCGGUUAAAAGAGCGGAAGCUCACCUUUGACCCCAUGACAAGACAGAUCAAACCUCUGACCCAGAAAGAGCCAGUACGGGCCGAGAGCCCAGUGCACACGGAGCAGCCGAGGACAGAGCUGGACCAGCCUGAGGCCAAGGCCAGCCUGCAGAGCCCCUUUGAGCAGACGAACUGGAAGGAGCUGUCGCGCAAUGAGAUCAUCCAGUCCUACCUGAGCCGGCAGAGCAGCCUGCUGUCGUCAUCGGGCGCGCAGACCCCGGGCGCCCACCACUUCAUGGCUGAGUACCUGAAGCAGGAGGAGAGCACCCGGCGUGGGGCCAGGACGCCGCACGUGCUGCUGCCUCCGGGGCCACCCACUGACCUCCCGGGGCUGAGCCGCCAGGUCACGCAGGACGAUCUGGACAGAAUGCAGGCCCGCCAGUGGCCAGGGGUGAACGGGUGUCAGGACACACAGGGUAACUGGUAUGACUGGACGCAGUGCAUAUCGCUCGACCCGCACGGCGACGACGGGCGGUUGAACAUUCUGCCUUAUGUCUGCUUGGACUGACGGGCCCUCGGCCUCUAAGUGCAUUCCCACCUCGCAGUUAGCGGGCGGGGGGUGGCCGGGGCCUGGGAGCCUCCAGUGGUGGGGAGCACGGCCAGGGUGGGGGGGCGGGGGCGGGAGUCUCGGUCACUCCAUGCUCUUCCCUCUAAAUUCUCCUUCUUUUGUGAAAUGCUGCUACCAGUUUACUAACAAAAUUACAAAGGAAGGACCGUGUGGAAGGAAGGCCGGCAAAGUGAGUUCAGAACUCUAUAGCAGACCAGCUAUAAAAAGCGUCAGUCCCCCACCCUGGAAGCGGUGCGGACACUUCCCAGCACCGGUGUGCUGGGACGUCAGUUGCAGGCAGGCACAGAAAACCUGUGGGAGAGGUUACCUUUAACAGAAGCACGCAUCUCAUCUGUGUUUUCUGUUCUUUCAUUUGGCCCCGAGUGUCUGAGGCUGUGGGCACCACCACAGCCUGUGUUUGCACCCCACCAGGCCAGUGUUUCCGUCACGGUGCCAGAAGCUUCUCGGCUGUAGUAAGCUGCUGGCGUUGGGCGGGCCACCUGGCCAGCUAGUUUGACCCACACUCCACGGGCAUCCACACAUUCGUAUCUGGUUUCAGUUCAGACCCAAUUUUUAAAGAAAUGCUGCAAAAACUUAAGUUUUCUAGAGUUUAUUUUAUUCCCCUCUUCCAUCUCACCAUCAGCCAAAUAAUUUUCCUUUCUCCCUUUCCAUUUCCCCUUCCUGCACAUAUCUAGAAAACUUCACCUUUCUAGAGUCCCAUCCCCAAAACACAGUUCCCACAGGUGCUACUGGUUUGUAUGCUGUACUGUUGGCGAGGAGACCCGUCUGUGCGCUGGAAACACUCAUGACCAUUCCUUUAGAUUCGUUUGCCUUAUGGUUAUUGUCAUAACGCGAUUUGCAAAAACAAGGAGCCUUAGUGAAUGUACAGUACCUAGACUUCUGUGUUCUCAGGAUGCAGAAGGGAGCAACUUUGCUAUUUGGUCCAAUAAGUGGACACCUUGUGAUAUAAAUGUGGAAAUAAAAAAAAAAAAAAACCAUUUGCACAAACCAGUCUGAGAAUCGUUUCUAAUUUGGUCCUUGACAGCCAAAUCAACUCUUUCUGAUUUCUGGGUGAGCCAGAAAGACCUGCACCCCCUAUCUAGACUGCAGGAAGGCAGGCAGGCAAAGUGACCAAGUCAGCCUGUUAGCAUUCUGCGUGGGCAAGGACCUCUACUUGCCUUUCAUCCUUUCAGGGCCACAUGUUGCCUCUCCCACCUCCAAGGUCACCUGCUAGCUUUGGGUGACAGAGACCAAGGGUCCACAUCAAGGAAUCUUAUCCUGUCUCCAGGCCUCACCUGCCCCGGAGAGAGCGGCCCUCCCAAGCAGGCUCAGUGGCCUACGUCUCGGUGACCUCGUUUUGCCCCCUAAGGUGUUUGUAGUUUUUACAUGGCGUGGGGCAGAGCCCUGUCUAGCAGCCUAUCCCUUGGCUCUGGCCCCAGACUGCCAGCUUCCUAUGCAGAAGGGAGCAAAAAAAUAACUUCUUCCUUGACUAUAAAGUCAUUGUUUCAUUCUCCCCCCUUGUCUCUGGAACCAUAAGCUGACUUUGAUUUUCUAGAUUUUUUCACUCCGGAAUGUGUCCUCUUGGACAUACCUACUCAAUUUCACAGAUGAGGAAGCAGCUGCCUCUUAAGAGGAGCAGCCCCACAGGGCAAACCAAGGGGUCCAGGGACCUUCAGUCAGGCCAGAGCCAGUGGGGGUCUGACAUAGCCUUGCGCAGGACACCCUCCCCAAGAAGAGGGCUGUGGAUGAAGUGGCUUUGAGGGCAGUCAGUUUGAACGUUGGCCUUGCCAUCUACCAGCUGUGUGGCUAAUCACUUCUGAGUACGUGUCCCCAUUUGGGACAUGCAAAUGCUUACUCCAGAGUUGUGAGGACUAAAAAGAUCAAAGUUUAAAAACAAGUCAGUGGAACCAUCUGUGCUGUGGAGUAUCUAGUUCUUUUCCUAACUCCACCUGCCUGUUUUCUCCCCCUUAAUGUGGCCAGCCCUGCUGCUGUGUGGUGUCCAAGAAAGUGACAUUAGUGACAAAGAGUGGUUGGCACAGCUGGGAGAUUUAGCGUGCAGGUUGGUGUCCUAUGAACACCUCCUUUCCUCAGAUCUGGGUUUUGGGACAGGUCUCUGCUCCCUGCCCCACCUGCAGGGACCACCUCUCCUGUCUGAGUACCCAGUAAGUUCCAGGGUAGAUACUGCCUACUUUUAAGAACUCAAGUUUAAGCUAAGGUUUCCCUCCAACAUUUUGCAGAUCAAUGGUUGCCACUUUAUAAUUUGCCACUGUAAAAUAAUUUUAACACCCUCUUCCCUCCCAAAAGUUGUUCGUACAUGACUUAGAGCACAUGAAAGAUCAUCUUGCUGAAAACACCGCUUGGUUUCUCCGCUGGGGCCUGGGACUGCUCCAACCAGGCUGGUCCUGGGGCGCCAGCAGUCGGGGGCGGCACCUUCCCCUCCCGCAGAGCCCUGCACACAGUACCCGAGGAGGCUGCUAUGUCUGAGCUUCGGUCUGUCCGUCUGUGAAAUGGAGAGGGUCAUACCUACCGCACAGAGCACGUCGCGGCGGUUCCCAGGACGUGCUCCCGAUGACCGACCACGGGAGUCCGCUCCCGGUUUCAGAAAGAAUUUAGCUUUUCACAAUUUGGUCUUUCACCCUCGGUGAAAGAUCCUUCACCUCCGCUGCCGCCUGCCCAUCAGUAAUCUGGUGGAGGGCGCCCGUGUAGCGCGGACGUCGAGGCGUGGCCUGCGAGCUCGACGGCCGGCUCAUUAAGGCCGGCGCGGCGGGGCCCUGGCUCCCGGCGCCCGGCCAGCCCACCCAGCCCACCACUCUGCAGACCCGUUCAAUUCUCAG